UCAAUCGCAGACUUUAGAAAAAGCGACGACAGGGACAGCCAUGGAACUUGUAGUAGUUGUAGUAGCGGUGUAGUGCGAGUGUAGUAGUAGUAUACUGAGUGAGAGAGAGAGAGUGAAACAAGAAAUUACAGAGUCCUGACUACAUAAAAACGCAACCUUUUUAAUACUGUAUGGUUUCUUUGGGUAGUGAACUUGUGAUGCAUGUUUAAGGAGUUUUUGUAGAGCUGGGGUUUCUGGGUUUUCGCUUGUCAUUCUGUUUUAGCUGCAAUGGUCAUGUCUCUGGAUUCAAAUGCUGAUAUGGGUUUCAAUGUUUGCCCUCAUUGCAUCCUCAGAUUUGAGCAGGCAUAUCUCUGCUUUUCCAUCCAUGGUGUGGAGAAAUCAGGGCUUUCUGCAAUGAACUAUCUUUGAAUGUUUUGGAAUCCGAUGAUUCUUUUCUGGUAGGUUUCUCUAAUUACUCUUAAAUUCUUUCAUUCUUUUGGGGAUUGGGGGUUAUAGAUUUUCAUAUUUUGUCGUUAAAUAGUGCACACUCACACACAUUGAUAUAGGAACACACUCAAGUUUAUAAAGGAAACCAAUUGUUUGAUUUUUGUUUUAUUCAUCGGAUUCCUAUUCUUUGUUGUUUUUGUUUGAAAAUUCACACACUCACAUAGCACAUCUCUCUUGAUUUCUCAUUUUAAGAAUACAUGCAAAAAAAAUUCUUAUAUGACUCAGUAGAAAAAUAGGAUCAGUCUAUACACAAAAUCACACACAUUUCACAGCUUAAAAGGGUUUAUAGAAACAGAGAGAGAUAGAGAUUGAAUAGAAGCAAAAUAGGGUGAGUGGAUUGUGCAAAGACAGAAAAAAACAAGGAAAAAAUAGGUCAUAGAGGAUGUUGGCUGGGUGUUCUAGUUCUACAUUGCUGUCACCUAGGAAUAGAUUGAGGAACGAAGCAUCUGCACAGUUUCAAGCUUGCCAUUUCCAUUCAAUGAGCACACAGAGACUGGACUUGCCUUGUACUGUCUCUCGGAAAGAAACCUCACGGUCACAGCCCAUUAGGCCUGUUGGCCUAUCCGUCGAGAAGCCCAUCGAAGCAAAGACCAGCAGCUGUUCUCUGAAGCACAAUGUUCGACUGCCGCCGUUAGCUACGAGUGCACAGAAUGCCAAAGAAGAGUUUUGGGAAAAGGGGAAGAGUUUAAAGAGGUUUGCUGAGCAGGGCGCAGUUGAUGAGUCCUCCAUUAGUAGAGCUAAGAGAAAAAAGGGUAGUGAUAAUUGCGAAUUUGCUGGCAAUCAAGAAGGGAGAGAUUGCUUGAGUUUAGGCCAAUUGGGUAGUGGGGAAUUUUGGUUUCAAUCCAGUUUUCACUUUCCGCGCUCAGUGGCGAACAUCGCUGGCCUUGAUCAUCAUCAAGCUCCUUUCUCUGUGACAUAUUCAGGUGGCGAUGAAGAGAGGGUCUGCUUUGUACCUAGUGAAGUUAUUUCACCCACUUUUCCGUUGUCUAACAAUCCUUGGAUUGAUUCAGUGAUAACUGAGAUCACUGACCUAGGUGAAAAAGAUGCAAGCACUAGCCACAGGCCAGGGAAGGAAGACUCGGGUUCAAGCACUUCAUCUGACAGCCAUGGUUUAGGCCCUAGGCUAAAUGAGAGCAACUCAGAGAUUGAUGCUGGUAAUGGCUCUAGGAAGCCUUAUCUACGAGAAGGCAAUGGUGUAGAGGCCAGGCAGGAGGAUAAUCAAGGGGAGCAUCAGGGGUUUGAGCUGGUUAGCUUGCUCGCAGCGUGUGUGGAAGCAAUAGGAUCGAAGAAUGUUGGAGUCAUCAAUCAUUUCAUAGCUAAAUUGGGGGAUCUUGCUUCUCCCAGGGGAAGCCCUAUUAGUCGCUUAAGUGCCUACUACACCGAAGCUUUGGCUCUGCGUGUCAGUAGGCUCUGGCCUCAUUUCUUUCAUAUCACUCCUCCUCGAGAGCUUGACAGGCUAGAUGAUGAAUCUGGUACAGCAUUGAGGUUUUUGAAUCAGGUGAGUCCAAUUCUGAAGUUCAUUCAUUUUACCGCGAAUGAGAUACUGUUGAGGGCAUUUGAGGGGAAGGACAGAGUUCACAUCAUAGAUUUUGAUAUUAAGCAGGGGCUUCAAUGGCCUAGUUUCUUUCAGAGUUUGGCCUCUAGGACUAAUCCGCCAAGCCAUGUUAGACUCACCGGCAUAGGCGAGUUCAAGCAGGAUUUGAAUGAAACAGGAGAUAGGCUUGCAGGAUUUGCUGCGGCAUUGAAUCUGCCUUUUGAAUUCCAUCCGGUUGUUGACAGGUUGGAAGAUGUUAGGUUGUGGAUGCUUCAUGUGAAGGAAGGAGAGAGUGUAGCUGUGAAUUGUAUUUUCCAGCUGCACAAGACACUUUAUGAUGUGAAUGGAGGAGUACUCAGGGAUUUUUUGGGACUUAUCCGAAGCACAAACCCGAGCAUGGUAGUCAUGGCUGAGCAAGAAGCGGAGCACAAUGCCCCUCACUUGGAAACUAGAGUGUGCAGUUCAUUGAAAUAUUACUCUGCCAUAUUCGACUCAAUCGAUGCUAGCCUUCCAUUAGACAGUCCUAUGCGGAUGAAGAUAGAGGAGUUGUUCGCUCGGGAAAUUAGGAACAUAGUUGCUUGCGAAGGAAGUGACAGGUUUGAAAGGCAUGAGACUUUCGAGAAGUGGAGGAAGUUGAUGGAACAAGGAGGAUUCCGAUGCACCGGAGUCGAUGAGAGGGAAAUGCUUCAGAGCCAAAUGCUGUUGAAAAUGUACUCUUCUGAGGAAUACAGAGUUAUUAAACAAGGGCAGGACGGAGCAGCACUCACUCUAGGUUGGCUAGAUCAGCCUCUCUACACAGUCUCAGCAUGGGCACCUAUCGACGUAGCAGGCAGCUCGUCCACUUUUUCUCAGCCAAUUUAAUCCAAUUAUCAUUCCAUUCGUGCAUACAGAGGACAGGACAGGCAUCAUAUUCUUUGUAGGUAGGAAGAUUAUAUGUCAGUAUUCUUUCAUUCUUUUCUUGCAGUCGCAGAUAAUAUUAAUUUGUCAGUCUAAAUCAUACAGAAUUGAAUUGAAGUCUUUACAUGGGUUUUUGGAGUCAGUUCAUAAUUUAUUCUUUGAUUCUUUAAGUAUGAUGAAAUUCUUUGUAGUCAGUUGGAGGUUUAUUUAUUACAAUCAUGUACACCUUCGUCGUUAUAUAUGAAAUGAUUCAUUUGAUUUGUGUU